GCAAGGAGUGAACUGUAACUUAGGUGUGGUGUUUACAGUUUGUUCUAGCUUCUUGUCUUUGUGUGUUCCUGUCAACAAAAGGGAGGAGUGAUUGGAGCAUUUGCAUUUGUUUAGGUGUGGUGUAUCUCCCUGGGAGGAGCGGUGAAGAGUAACUGAGCUUUUGAACACGUGUACCUCCUCCUCCCUUAGUGUAGAUCUUUCAUUGUAUUAAGAAAUGAGUAACAGUAUUGCCAGUAUGAAAAGUGAAGAUGUGUUAUUUGACCUUUUAGAAAAGCAUGGUGCUCGUCCCUCUUUGUCAGGGGUGGACUGGGCACGCCAAAAUUGGCAUAAUUUGCAGAGUGUUUCGGACCGCAUUAGUGUCUUACAGAAUGAGGCUCGUUCACGAGCUGGGAAAGGAAAGUCGUUUAUUUGUGCCAUUCUCGGGGCUGCUUUAAAAGCUGCCGUGGAGUUCCGAAAUGAAAAGCAUUCGGCAGAACUCCAAACCAUAGAAGCAUUACAGGAGUCGGUUAGAGUUACACAAGAAUUCGUAAAAACUCUGCAGAAUCAAAUAGUUAAUCUCGAGGAACAACUGGAAAGAGAGAAACAUAAUUCGGCCUUGUUGCAGAUGGCUUUCAAGGAACUGUUAACACGUAAAGAUACUGGCGAUACUGUCACCCAUAGGUUGCCUCAAGAAAAAACUUUUCCUCAGGAGGAAUUACAAGAAAUAAAGGAAAGACUAGACAAAUUAGAAAUCCCAAUAGCCCCACUGCGUCCCUUGAUAAAAACAGAAUAUACGUUCGAUAACAGUGAGGAUCUAGAUCCUCAAAUGAAUGUUAAGGAAAUUCCGUUCUCGGCCACCGAACUAGCAAAACUCAAAAAGGACUUUAGCCGCUCUCCAAAGGAAUCAGAAGCAGAAUAUGUAUGGAGGGUGAGUCUCACUGGUGGUGAUCAGAUUCGGUUAACAGAAAAGGAAGCAGAAGGUUAUUGGGGACCAGGAGUAUUUUUAACUACUGGUAACAAUCGUUCUCCCUGGUCAUUAACGCAAAGGGCUGCCUAUUGGGCAGGUGGUCUCAACCCUUUAGAAAGGGGAGACCCUCUUGCCAUUACUGGAACUACUGACCAAUUAGUAGAAAGCGUUCAAAAGGCUGCUUGUCUCCAACUGAUGUAUGAUAGAAAGCUGCAGCCACAUCAUGAAUCGCCCAUGAUGAUGCCCGUUGAUCCUGAGAGAAUGACCCCUUUAAUUAGAGGGCUUCCAGAAUCACUGAAACCCAUAGGCAUACAAUUACAAGCAAGGAUACAAGCUAUGUCACAGGGAGAAAGAACCCGGGCAGUGUUAGAAGAAACUGUAACCCCCAACCAUCUGCAGUCAGGAUGCAAAGUAUGGACGUGGGGGGAGGUAGCCCAAGAGUUAAUUAAUUAUGGAAGAAAAUAUGGGCCGGUGGUUUCUUUUCCCAGUAAAUCUGAGCCAAGAGGUGUAAGGCUUGCAACAGCCAGUCUUGCCCCCAGGCCACCUAGCCCAAAACUUAAUGGAGCUGAAAAGGGUUUGCCCCCAAUAAAAACAGGUAGACGGAGUAUUGAUCAUAAACGUAAUGGACUUUGGACUCUGGGCUGGAAAAGGGGUAUUCCACGAAAUUUGAUGGAUGGAUUGACAACAGAUAGGUUAGAGAAAUUAGUUAACUGGUGGCCACAACAAAAUCUUCAGAAUCUCGAAGAGAGCAAAACCCCAGGUCCUAGGGCCUUUCUCAGGGAACCUGAAGGGCUCUCCAAGCCAUUAGUAAACUGA